GCGCUGUAUUCACGCAGUGUUUGCUUAAUGUCAGUCAGUGAUAGGUUUAAACACUGUGUGUUAGUUCGCCCCCAAUCAUGGGUUUAGUACGCGGGCGGUGCAUGGGGGUUCUGAGUUGUAAUGCAGUAAUACUGUAGAAAAUGUGACGACAUUUCAAGCUAAUAACGCUUUAAAAAUCAUCGGAGCGUCGCGACCUUCAAUCAUCAUGUGUUGUGGAAGACGAGGUGGAAGAGAUGGGUGUUAACACCAGCGGUAUCAUGUACUGAGUGGAACCCGUCAUUGCUGAACACACGGCUUUCCGGUGAAGUCAUGCCAGGAAAGCUUAAAGCCAAAAUUGUGGCAGGACGCCAAUUACCUGUUAUGGACAGGGCCAGCGAUCUGACUGAUGCUUUCGUUGAGGUAAAAUUUGGAAACACUACAUUUAAAACUGAUGUGUAUCCAAAGUCUUUAAACCCCCAGUGGAACUCUGAGUGGUUUAAAUUUGAGGUGGAUGAUGAGGACUUGCAAGAUGAGCCAUUACAGAUUACAGUGCUGGACCAUGACACAUACAGUGCUAAUGAUGCCAUAGGCAAGGUCUACAUCGAUAUAGAUCCCCUCUUAUCGUCUGAAGCUGCAACUGUAAUCUCUGGCUGGUUCCCCAUCUAUGACACUAUACAUGGUAUUCGUGGGGAAAUAAAUGUUCUGGUGAAGGUGGACCUCUUCAAUGACUCAAACCGCUUCAGGCAGUCAUCUUGCGGAGUCAAGUUCUUUUGUACCACAUCCAUUCCUAGGUGUUAUCGAGUGGUUACAGUUCAUGGCUUUGUGGAGGAACUGGUGGUGAACGAGGACCCAGAGUACCAGUGGAUUGACCGCAUCCGAACCCCUCGGGCUUCCAACGAAGCCAGACAGAGGCUCAUCUCUCUGAUGUCUGGAGAGCUCCAGAGGAAGAUUGGACUGAAAGUACUGGAGAUGGGGGGCAACGCGGUGGUGGGCUACCUGCAGUGCUUUGACCUGGAGGGCGAGUCAGGCUUGGUAGUGCGUGCCAUUGGGACGGCCUGCACCCUGGACAAAUUAAGUAGCCUCCCUACAGCUGCCCUUCCCGCAUGCAAUUCCCCAUCCAGAGAUAUGAAAGAGGUUCCCUUCAGUGAAGAUCCCAACCCCAAUACUCAUUCAUCUGGACCCUCCACCCCACUGAAAAACCAAACCUAUUCCUUUUCACCCUCCAAGUCCUACAGCCGACAGUCCUCCUCUUCUGACACAGAUUUGAGUUUGACACCUAAAACUGGAAUGGGCAGCGGGGGAAGUGUUGGGAAGGAAGGUGGUCCACUGAAGACUCUCUUAAGACAGCAGACCCAGACAGCAUUGGAGCAAAGGGGAGCAUCCUCCUCUCGUGUGUUUGUUAGGACAAUGGAGUUCCCGUUCUUCACCCUCACCUGCUUCCCACCUGGCUUCCUAGUCCACGUGGGUGGCGUGGUCAGCGCACGGUCAGUCAAGCUUCUGGAUCGUAUCCACAACCCGGAUGAGCCAGAGACCCGAGAUGCUUGGUGGGAGGAGAUCCGGCAGGAGAUCAAGUCCCACGCCAAGGCCUUGGGCUGCCAUGCUGUGGUUGGCUACAGCGAGUCCACAAGCAUCUGUGAGGAGGUGUGCAUCCUGUCUGCGUCAGGCACAGCAGCGAUCCUCAACUCCAGGUUCAUGCAGGAGGGUUGCCUGGACAGCUACAGUGAACACAGGUUGUCACAGCAAGCGGUCUUCUUUUCUGCUGGGUCAGAAAGGGGAGAGUUUGAUAUGUUCCUUCAGAGCAAGGAUAGUUCUGCCUCACUAGGGUUGGAGGAACCGUCACCCCCUAGCUGCGGCUUUUGCCAUAUCCCAUACGACGAGCUCAACAUGCCCUUUCCCACCCACCUCACAUACUGCUACAACUGCCGCCGGCAGAAGGUUCCAGACGUUCUCUUCACUACCAUAGACCUGCCGGUGGAGGCAGCCAUAACUGGAAAGGGCUGCCUCAUCCAGGCCAGGCUUUGCCGGCUGAAGAAGAAGGCCCAGGGGGAGGCGAAUGCCACGGCCAUCAGCAACCUGCUGCCCUUUAUGGAGUACGAGCUGCACACACAGCUGAUGAACAAGCUCAAGCUGCGGGGCAUGAAUGCACUGUUUGGCUUGCGCAUCCAGAUCAGCGUUGGAGAGAACAUGCUGGUGGGACUGGCGUCUGCCACAGGGGUUUACCUCACUGCCCUGCCAAGUCCAGGGGGCAUCCAGAUAGCAGGGAAGACCCCCAGUGACAUUGCCUACGAACAGCACAUCUCCAACAUGCAGAAGAAGAUCAACGACACCAUUGCUAAAAACAAAGAGUUGUAUGAGAUCAACCCUCCGAAGCUAUUUGCACUGGACCCAGAAGCAUUCAGAGGCAUAAAUACGGAGAUCAUUGAAGAGGCAGUUGGAUCACCUAUCCCAGAACCACGCCAACGAUCCAGACUUUUCAGGUCUCACUCGGAGAGCUCAGAUGAGGUGUGGGAGCUGGAUCUGUCCCACGGAAAAAAGGAUGCUUUUGUCCUUGAAAUUGACGACACGGACGCAGUGGAGGACAUCCACUCCCUCCUCACCGAUGCACCCCCACCAGUGGGAUUUUAUAGCUGCAAUACAGAAAUUAUGCCCGGGAUUAACAACUGGACAUCAGCUUUGCAAAUGUUUACGUCAGUCAGGGUGUUCCGGCUGAGCAAUGUUAAUAUGACCAACCAAGGACUCAACAAGAUAUUUAAUGAACUCUGUGAGAAUCUUCUAAAGAGUCUGUAUUUCAAGCUGAGAUCCAUGGCUCCCUGCUGCCUUUGCCAUCUGAACUUUGUUGUGGCUGUGCCAGAGGAGGAUCUCAUUCAGGUGGCCGUCACUGCUGUGGCUAUGACCUUUGACAAGGACCAAAACCAAGAGAACUGGAAGCCAAGCACAGAUAAGAUGUUAAUGAAAGCUAUUUCAGAGAACGAGGAGCAGCUCCAGUUUCCCCUGGAACUGUGCACAGAGUCUCCAUCCUCACAGCCUUUCUCCCCGUCCAAAGGCACAGGUCUCCAGGAUGGUGCCAAUGUGCACAACACCUCCGCCAGAGCCACCUCAGUUGAUUACAGUUCCUUUGCAGACAGAUGCAGCACCUGGAUAGAGCUCAUUAAACUGAAAGCUCAGACCAUAAGACGAGGAUCAAUUAAGACAACCUCCUCCCAGGAGAAGGCCAGCCCGCUGCCCGAAGGGCGCUCACGGUCGCUGCGCUCCACCAAGUCAUGUUCAGGCAGCACAGUCUCAGUGGUCAAAAUGACUCCGCUCCCCUUCCUCCCUGGCACUAAGAUCGUCAAGUACCUGGGCAUCAUCAACAUGUUUUUCAUCCGAGAAACAACGUCGCUGCGUGAGGAAGGGGGUGUGAGCGGGUUCCUCCACUGCUUCAUUGCUGAGGUCUUUUCUAUGGUCCGAGCGCAUGUGGCAGCUUUGGGAGGCAACGCCGUGGUCUCCUACAGCAUGAAGGAGUGUGUCUUCAUGGAGAACCCCAAUAAGAACCAGGCUCAGUGCCUUAUCAACGUCAGCGGCGAUGCCGUCAUCUUUGUGCGAGAGUCCGAGCUGGAGGCCCCGACUGCCCCACCCCACACUUCCGUUGCCCAGAAUGCUGGCAGCGGAGCGGACGGUACCACAUAAAGAAGAUGCAGGCUCACGCUCUCGCACACAUAGUUAUGUAAUUUGUGCCAUCCGUAGCGCCCUUUAAAUCUUUGAUGCUUCGAGAUCAACAAGACUUCUAAGCUCAGCACCUCACAGAGCCUGGCGUUGUAUCAACCCAUAGGAGGGAACUGCCUACUACACGUAUGGCUUUUGGGCUGCAUGCUUGGACUCGAUAAAAGUGGACUUUACAGUUUAUUGAAAACUACCCAAGUAGCCAAAAUAUAUUGCCUGUGGUAUUGUUCGGCUAUUUUGUGUGUGUAAUAGUUGGAGUUGUAUUGCGUCACGCAUCAGUGAUUUGUUUUUCAUCCACAGCCAGUGCCCUGCUGUCACAUCAUUUAAACGGAAAACGCCAGUGCCAAUUCUGUAGACAGACUCACAUUCCAGCACCUCUUAAGCAAGGCUGAGGCAGCUUUGUGUUGCGUUGAAAAUGUCCACUUUAUGGCUUUACCACAUCAUCUGCAGUAACUUUUUUGUUGCUCAGGAACGCCUUUAUUUACAACCCGUUGUGUGUCUUUGAGUUAAAUGCUUGAAUUUCUUUACUGGCAAAGCAACCAUCUAAAAUGUGUUGGUUACAACUACGCAGCUGUUAAAUUGGUAAAUGAAUCCAGCUGCAAAUUUCUUUACUUGUUUACUACUGAAUACUUUGAUAUAUAUAUUUUUAAUUGUCAAAUGCUGGAAU